AUGAAGGGUCCAAUUAAGAGCUUCUGCUUUCUGGCCUUUCUUCUAACAACCAUUGCUGCGUUUGGUGGAAGUGCUUAUGGGGUAGGGGAAUGUGGCAAAAUCACAACUGAGAGGGCAGGCUGGAAGCUGGAUCCAUGCAUAGCUGCAUCAAAGAACAAGAACGUGAAGGUUUCGAUCAAGUGCUGCGCGCAGUUGAGAAAUAUGAUCAGAAAUCCGAGAUGUCUUUGUGCCAUUGCUCUUUCUCAAAAUGCCCAGCAAAGUGGAGCCACCCCAGAAAUUGCUCUCACCAUAGCCCAACGUUGCAACAUUCCAAACCGUGUAAAGGGUUACAAGUGUGGAGAUCAGUGA